AUGUCUGCACCCUCCAAGACUUUGAGAGUUGCCAUCGUCGGGGGAGGACUUGGUGGUCUGAUGGCAGCCCUCUGCAUUCAUUCAUUCUGCGAUCAAGGUGAACUUCAAGUUGAUGUCUAUGAGCAGGCUCUAGAGUAUAAAGAGAUUGGUGCAGGUGUCAGCCUUGGCAGAAAUACUCUGAGAGUCAUCAAACAAAUUGGACUCUAUGAACAAAUCCUUGCGAUAGCGGGCAAGACUGAUAUCUGGUUGUCGGCUCGGCGCUACGACAAUGGUGAAGAGAUUGUGAGAAUCAAGGCAGAUGGUGACGAACCAUCACAUCUUCCGGUACACAGAGCCGAGUUAUUGGCUCUCCUCGUACGUGCGAUUAAAGACAGAGCAGCUGCAACUCUUCAUCCCAACAAAAAAUGCAUGACAAUAGAGGAUAAUAAUGAUGCCAUCGUCCUGAAUUUUGCAGACGGCACAAUGGCUACGGCAGGCUUUGUGGUUGCAGCUGAUGGCAUUCACUCUCGUAUACGCCAAAACUACCAUAACGAUAAUGCCCAACUGGGAGAGAUGGUUGUAUAUCGAGGCUUGGUUCCAACGACUGCUGUCAAGGACUGGUGGCCCCUAGACACAUACUCACCCAUCUGGGUUGGUCCCAACAGAUACUUUAUUGUCUACCCUGUUAGCGAUGGAGCUUUGUUGAAUAUUGGAGCAUUCGUCGCGACUGAUGGCAAAUCACUUAAGAGAAAGACGGAAAGCUGGACAUUGAGAGGGGACAGAUUCGAUCUGGAGAAAGAUUACUCGGAUUUCGACCCUACGGUUAAACGUCUUAUUCAACAUUUGGACGAAAAUCCACUCAAAUGGAUCCUGUAUGAUCGACCUCUUUGUGACAAGUGGGUAUUUGCGAAUGGUAAAGUAGCACUGCUUGGGGACGCAGCCCACGCUAUGGUCCCCCAUCAAGGUAUGCGUUGUAAGACAUAUUGA